UCUGCUCCAUCCCGAAGAACAAACACACUGAUUCUUCACAUUGUAACGGGACGCCGCCCACUGGCUCCUGUGUCGUUUUUCUCUUGAUUCUUCCUGGUUGUGCGUUCUCGCAUUCCCUUCAGAUUUCGGUGCCUUGAACUGGAUAGCUCCGAGCAUUUUUUCUGAGGGAAUACGAGAAGCUCCUUCAUUCUGCAGUUUUAAAUUUUGGUUUCUGUUUAUCGGAAGAAUUUCCGCAACUCAAUCUUUGGAGCUCGGUCUUUGAGAUCGAGCGGCAGUUUUGAAGCAUUUGAAUCGAAUAAGAGUUUUAUUCAAGGUUUUCGGAUAUUUGGAUUCAAUUAUCGUGGUUGCAUUAUUCGUCGAAAUAACUAAUGGAAGGCGCUUUGAAUCUUCUUGGAGGCGUAACUAUUUGCUCUGCCUCUUCGAGUAGAACACUGCGUUGCCGACCUUUAUCAUCUCAGCAGCUUCAUUUUGUGUCAUCUAUUGCGCAAAGUGCUGGAUUGUACACAAAUGGCAAACGAUUAUCCUGUAGACGUGUGCGUUCGACAGUCAGAUGCGAGGGGAGGCUUGCAGAUGUAAUUGAUAGAAAAGUGAGUGAGUUUAGAAGUUCUGGUGAAACUGAGCAACAGUUUACAUGUGUCAUGAAGUUCGGUGGCUCAUCAGUGGCUUCUGCAGAGAGAAUGAGGGAAGUUGCUGAACUUAUACGCAGUUUCCCUGAAGAGCGGCCAGUGAUUGUUCUCUCGGCCAUGGGAAAGACAACCAACAAACUUUUGCUGGCUGGAGAAAAGGCUGUUAGCUGUGGCGUUAAUAAUGCAUCAGAUCUUGAGGAGUUGCAAUUCAUAAGAUAUUUGCAUCUGAAGACUGCAGAUGAGCUUGGUGUAGACAGGUCUAUUGUUGCAAAUCACCUUGAUGAAUUGGAGGAACUUCUCAAGGGAAUUGCUAUGAUGAAAGAAUUGACCCUUCGAACAAGAGAUUACUUAGUUUCCUUUGGGGAGUGCAUGUCCACAAGGAUUUUUGCUGCAUAUUUAAGUAGGAUUGGUGUCAAAAGCCGUCAAUAUGAUGCAUUUGAAAUUGGAUUCAUCACCACAGAUGACUUCACAAAUGCUGACAUUUUGGAAGCAACCUAUCCUGCUGUUGCAAAAAGGCUACUUGGUGAUUGGAUUUCUGAUCCUGCUAUUCCUAUUGUGACUGGUUUCCUCGGAAAGGGCUGGAGAUCAUGUGCAGUGACUACGUUGGGAAGGGGUGGUAGUGACCUGACUGCUACUACCCUAGGCAAAGCACUUGGAUUGCGAGAGAUUCAGGUCUGGAAAGAUGUUGAUGGUGUUUUGACAUGUGACCCUAACAUACAUAAAGGUGCAGAACCUGUUCCCUUUUUGACUUUUGACGAGGCAGCUGAACUUGCUUAUUUUGGUGCUCAGGUCCUGCAUCCACAAUCAAUGCGACCAGCUCGGGAGGGUGAUAUUCCCGUUCGGGUGAAAAAUUCGUACAAUCCUCAAGCUCCAGGUACUCUCAUCACCCGGAGCAGAGAUAUGAGCCAGGCAUUACUAACAAGCAUUGUUUUGAAACGCAAUGUAACCAUGUUGGAUAUUGUUAGCACUCGCAUGCUCGGUCAGUUCGGUUUUCUUGCCAGGGUGUUUGCAAUCUUUGAAGAUUUGGGCAUAUCAGUUGAUGUGGUUGCUACCAGUGAAGUCAGUUUAUCCCUGACCUUGGAUCCAUCGAAGCUUUGGAGCAGAGAGCUCAUACAGCAGGCAAGCGAGCUUGACCACGUAGUGGAAGAACUUGAGAAAAUUGCUUUUGUGAAACUGCUUCAACAUAGAUCAAUCAUUUCACUCAUUGGAAAUGUUCAAAGGUCAUCACUGAUACUGGAAAAGGCAUUUCGCGUUCUUCGUACCAAUGGUGUAAAUGUUCAAAUGAUAUCCCAGGGUGCUUCUAAGGUCAACAUCUCAUUGAUCGUAAACGACAGCGAAGCAGAGCAAUGCGUUCGGGCUCUCCAUUCGGCCUUCUUCGAGACCGACAAACUCACAUUAGAUAGAGAAUGUAAAUCUCAAAAUGGUUCAGUCUAGCUAGCUAGCAACGCUGCAUGAGCACCAAGGCCAUUUUUAGUUGCGAGAAGAUGCAUUUUUCGACCAUAUCAUGAGGAAGGAGCAAAUCUAAGCAAUCGGUAUGUAAUAAUUAUUGUCGAAAUCGAGCAAGUCGAGUUAGUUUCUUCCAUUAGUUUCUUUAGGUAGACUACUGCAGCUCUAAGUGUAGUAUUCAGCCGAUUCAGAAAAAGAAAAUUAGGAUCAUGGUUUAUGGUGUACGCUAAGCUUCAUUAGUGUUUUAUAUACUUUUAUAUGGCCUAGUUUGUCUGGCGGAAAUGAACAUACCUCAAUAAUAUUUAUAG